GCUUUUGCGUCAAUAGUUUCGGUGUGUGACUAUCAUUACAGUGUUUUCUUGAAAUACGCUAUCUACUGAACACUUAUAGGAUUAGUGGAAUUUUUCUUUUUAUUUGUAGAUUACUCGACUUCUAUUAAAUGUUUGCUAUUAAAUAUUCAGUUUUGUGUAGUUUCGGUUUAAGAAAUCAAAAGCUUUUGUUAGCAUUUCAAAGAUUGUUCAUGUGUAGUUCUUGUAUCUUAGAAAAAGAAGUGAAAUGUACUAAAAUUUUCAAACAGAAGGCCACUGUUAUUAAGAGACGAUUUCCUGCUUCUGGUGAAAAUUCUCCUGUUGUCUUAGAAUGGAAGCGUGCUUCAUCUGUAAUUAAGCGGUUAAAUUGGGAAAAUAAAUAUCUAUUUGGACCGGUGCAGUCUGGUGAAAGGAAUUCUUAUAAUGAUAAUAAGAUCCAGGCAUCUAAUGAAAUAAUUCAACAUAAAACACAGAUACCUGUUAUUGAGCCUAAUGCCGACAUUGGGCUAAGUAGAGAAUCAUUACAUAAUAGGCCGUCUGCACCUGAUAUGAAUAUUUUGUUGAAAUUUCCAUUAAUGAAUAAAAGUGAUCCUGAAGUGAAGAGUACGAUUUUGGAAAUGAAUUAUUUGAGAAAAUAUUUGGAAUCCAUGAGUAAUAAAUCUUCUGCUCCUACUGUUACUCUUAUUUUAGAAAAAACUAUGCCUAAAAAUAGGGUAGAAAUUUUGCAGCGUUGGAGACGUAGCAUGAUCGCACAGUUAGGACAAGAAGGAUUUGAAAAGUAUUAUGCAAGAAUUUUGUCAAGUGGCUCUUCUUUACAUAAAUGUAUAAACAGUUAUUUGACUUCAACUCCAGAAGCAGAACUUCAAAUUGAGGAAGCGAAUCUUGGUCACUGGAAAAGUAUGAAAGCAAUCUUGCCAGAGAUCAGAGAAGUUAAGCUUUUAGAAGAGCAAGUUUUUCACCCAUUUUUGCAAUAUAAGGGUGUUGUUGAUUGUUUUGCAAGAUAUAAGGAUCAUUUAGUAGUUAUUGAUUGGAAAACUUCAAAAAAGGUCAAAUCAACAAUUAAUAAUACAUAUGAUAACCCUCUUCAAAUAGCUGCAUAUGUUGGUGCCUUGAAUUUUGAUCCUAAAUUCCAGUAUCUGGCAAAUAAAGGUUUAAUUGUUAUUGCAUAUGAAAAUGGAAUGAAAGCAGGACGUUUUUUUAUUGAUGAAAAUGCAAUGCAACAAUACUGGAAAGAAUGGCUUAAACGUGUUAAACUGUAUUGGGAAAGUAUCACUAUUGAUCCUGAAUAAAACAAACCUGUCACAUUA